CGUCCAACUUCUGGUCCAGCUUCCGGUCCAGCCUCCCCGCCCCGCGUCCUGCUCCAUCGGUCUCGCCUUGUCCUGCUUCGCACCGCAUCCAUGGACCUCCCCGUCGAACGAACCGAGCGUUGGAUUUCCAUCGGCUCCGCCGAGAUCUACAGCUUGGAGUGGAAGCCCAAAGAGACUCCCGUCGUCGCAGCCAUCCACUUUAUCCACGGGCAUGGUGACCACAUGUCUCGAUACGACGCCGUCCUGGGCCCAAUUGCUGCCCAGAACGGCUUCUAUAUCCGCGGCAUCGACCAGAGGGGCUUUGGCGAAACAGGGACAAGAUCCAAGUCCAUGGGCAACUGCCAAGGAAUGGAUGUGUCGCUGGGCGACAUCGCCCACAUUAGCGCGUUGAUUCGCAACGACUAUCCAAGUGUCCCGCUCUUUCUCAUGGGAUACUCACGAGGAGGGGCUCUUGCUCUGCUCCACGCCUGGAAGCAGCCAGAUAUCGUCCGGGGAGUCAUUGCAUUGUCUCCUCCUCUGGCCGGGCCAAACCCUGGCUUUGUCGCCAAAACAGCACUGUUCCUGCUCGGGUCGCUGGUGCCAGGCUUCGUCAUGGAUACGGGCAAAGAUGCCACCCCGGUCACACGAAACUCGGAUCUGUACGAGUGGCUCCUGAACGAUCCUCUCAACACAUCAAAGAUUUCAAUCGCUACAGUGAGAGAUAUUCUCUGCACAUUCCCUCCUCUGUUCGAUAAGGACGUUCCCGAGGCAUUGGAGUGCCCUUUGUUGGUCCUCUUUGGCGGCGACGACAAGAUUGUGCCACCCGACUCGGGAAGGAAAUUUGUUGAGAAAGCAAAGUCGACGGACAAGACCUUCAAGGAGUUUCCUGGGGCUCGCCAUUCAUUGCUCUUUGAGCUUGAGGAGACCAAACUCGCUGCUAUCGACACCCUGUCUGGCUGGAUCAAAGAAAGGAUUUAACGGUAAAGCACUUCAAUGGACGGCGCGUCCAUUCGAAACCUGUGCUUGGCAACCAGCUCAGUGAUGGCAAUUGGAGAGACAACGUCGCUGACACAGCAUGCCCACGGGCGCCAAUAUGACUCGGAUCGAUAUUGAAUUGAGCCUCUAUCCAAGGGUAGCUCUAGAUCGUUGGCUAGACGCGGGGCUGCACGGCUCUCCGUGAGUAGUUGCGUCGUGGCCGUAUGAUUGCAUCGAUCGAAUACAUCAUCAGCCUCAUCAAGAGCAAUGGCAUGGUGGCUCUUUGGCGCUUGGUAAUGAUCGGGUUACUUUCACCCGAGGCGACGAUGGCUGCACGGAGUGGCCGGCCACCUGUUGCCACAAACUAUCAGGGCUUCGGACACAUUGUUUCUGUAAGG